AUGGACCAACUACAGCUCACCUCUAUGUUCAGUGACCUUUCCACACAAGAAGACGUGGAAACAAAGUCAGCCUCACAAUGCUUGACAAGGACGGUAAAAGGAAUCCACCUGUUUACAUUGGAAAAUUACUCGUUAUGCAAGGGGGUUGGCUAUGGAAACCCCAUAUGCAGCAAUACUUUUACUGUGGCUGGUUAUCAAUGGGUUGUUUUCUUCUUUCCUGAUAGGACCCCAUCUGAAAUGGUUGAGCUUUCACUUAAGGAAAAAAAGUGGUUUCAUUUUCUUGGUAUGUUGGAGACUGGGGAAGGUUCUGAUGUUACUUUCAUAGUUGGAGGUAUGAAAUUUCGUGCACAUCGAGUAAUAGUUCAGCACGCUCCUCUGUAUUUGAACGCAUACUUUUUAGCCACAUGGCUUCUAAUGGUCAUCACAGGUGUCGAGCCUCGGGUUUCCAAGAUCACUGAUAUUAAGAAAUUGGACACCUUUGCCGACCUUGAGAAGAACUGCCCUCUACUUCAUAAGGAAUUGGUUGACUAUUUAUCCAAAGAAAGAGCGGUCCUGCAUCCAAAGCAGAUAGAGGAAGUACUUACACUUGCUGUCGCUGAUUGA